AUGGGCGAGCGAAAAAACGCCAAGCGGAAAAUGGAACAACGGCCUAACAAGAAUAACCCCUUUCGAAAGCUCUAUAAGGGCAUUCGGAUGGCAAAAGCCUGGCGAAACGAAAACGCAACAAGUAAAUCGCCCGAUAACGAAGAUUCCGGUGUGACCCCGGAGCCUUACCUUGGGAGGACGUUAAGUGAACUCAACAUGGUUGACCCCUCAUUUGAUGGGUCUGCACUCCCGGCAUUAUUACGCUACUGCAUCGAUUACGUCGAAGAAUAUGGCCUUGGGCUGGAGGGCAUUUAUCGGGUGUCCAGUCCGAAAAUUCGCCUCGAUGAGCUGGAGCGUGAAACGGCGUGGCGCAACCACCCAUUGUCAUACAAAAUUCCACCAAUCACUGACCAAUUCCAAGAAGCACACGAAGCGGCCGGACUUUUGAAGCGUAUCCUUCGUGCUUUUCCCGAUCCUAUCAUCCCACUCGAGCUCCAGGGGCUCGCCGAAACGUGCGGAUGUCGUUUGGAUUGCGCUUGUGACACUGGUGAGCGCAUGCGCGUUGCCUUGAAGACCCUGUCGCCUGACACCUUGGAGUUGAUCGCCGCGAUCUUUGUGCAUGCGGGAAACGUGGUGUCAAAUGAGCACCGCAACAAAAUGGGCAUCCCGGCAAUGACGCUGCUGCUCGAGCAAAAUCUGAAUUCAACGCGCCGGAGUGUGUGCAUGUUGUUGGCCGGCCAGGCGGCGGGCGCACGCAGCUUCUUCCCCGACUACAAGAUCAUACGGUACUUUUUCAGGAUCGUGAUUGGG